GGAGGGCGGCAGGUUGGAGGGGUCCUCCCGCGGGUAGUAUCCGCCGCCAUCCGGGCUCCGGAGUCCCGCCAUGGCUCUGCGCUACCCCAUGGCCGUGGGCCUCAACAAGGGCCACAAGGUGACCAAGAACGUGAGCAAGCCGAGGCACAGCCGUCGCCGCGGGCGCCUCACCAAGCACACCAAGUUUGUGCGGGACAUGAUCCGAGAGGUGUGCGGCUUUGCCCCGUAUGAGCGGCGCGCCAUGGAGCUGCUCAAGGUCUCCAAGGACAAGCGGGCCCUCAAGUUCAUCAAGAAAAGGGUGGGGACACACAUCCGCGCCAAGAGGAAGAGAGAGGAGCUGAGCAGCGUCCUGGCGGCCAUGAGGAAAGCGGCAGCGAAGAAGGACUGAAUCCCCGCUCUCUACGCAAUAAAGCCUUUUCAGGAA